GCUCAGUUGAAGGAGUGGCUAAAAGGACUCCCUCCUCAGCAUCUUCGACCAUGGUGAAGUUCGAUAAGUGGGCUCUGGCAGUGGUACUUGUUUCAGUACUCGCCGCGUACAGACCGGCAGAGGCCUGGUACAAACAAGCCGCCGGACCCACUUACUACUCGGUGGGCAGAGCGUCCGGUCUGCUGUCCGGAAUCCGCCGUUCACCGUUCAGGAGAGCCGAGCUGGACACGCAGGAGAGCAGAGAGUCCUCCGAAAACGAGCUGCUCUCAGACGCUUACCUACACCGCAGCUCUGCCCUGAACAGCAUGAAUAUCUGUGUCAAAGACGUGACGCCGAACCUGAAGAGCUGUGAACUCGUCCGGGACCCGAGAGACACAUUCCGCUGCGAAGCGACCGUGUUCAUCUCCCUGGACUCCACAGAGUGUGUGAACGCCUGAGGAGCAGCAGCUUCACCAGAAGACUCUACCUCCCAGUUAACACGGACGAAGCCGUUACAGCCUGUCUGUCAUUUUAUGUGUCCAGCUGUUCUGGUCUGUAGACGAUUUGUUCACUCGGUUGCUGUACUAAUUGGGACCGAUUCAUUUGAGCAAAACAUCAUUGAGUUUAUACUGUAGAACUGAGCCACACUGUUUUACGUACACACUGACCUUA